AUGGCCAUUCUCUCCAUGGGGGCUGUGAUGAAGUCCCAGAUGUGGAUGCUGAGAUGGGUCGUCCUACUGAUGGGGCUCCAGCAGACACAAGCAGGUGCACAGUACGGCACAGUGACAGUUGAACCGAAUCCUGAAGAUUGGUUUGCAACCUGCAGCACAUGGGGAAAUUCCCACCUCAAGACCUUUGAUGGUCAUUUCUUUCAAGUGCCAGACACGUGCAACUACAUUUUGGCCAGUUUGUGCAAUGGAGAGAAACAUUCUGAUUUUAACAUUAAAAUGCAAAGAGAGAUUGUAAAUAACUCAGUCACUUUCAGCAAAAUCACAGUAGAUCUUCAGGGGACAGUCGUUGAACUCAAAUCCAACAAGAUCUUCAUGGACCAAAAAGAGUUGUUUAAUUCAACACUUAAUAAUGGAAUUACAGUCAAAAUGAGUACAUCAGGUGUUAAGAUCACUAACAAUCAUGGGGUGAAUGUCUUUUGGGAGAAGGACCAAUCUUUAUUGAUUGAACUUCCUAAAAAGUACCAAGGCCAGACCUGUGGACUUUGUGGAGACUUCGAUGGCAACAAGACUGACGAUUCAUUUAACAACGAUUUGGCCGAAUGGAAAGUGCCUCUGUCCAAAUCAUGUAAGGACGUCAAAAUUCAACCAAAUGAUCAGUGCAAAAACCAGUCCCUGACAGAUACCUGCCAGUAUUAUCUCAGCAGUCCGGGGUUUAGUGAUUGUUACAGGGUGCUGGACAUGAGUUCAUUUCAAAAAGCCUGUGAAGACGACAUGUGUCAGUGUUAUGGUAAUCGUGACUGCAUCUGCAACACGCUCACAGAGGUUUCACGACAAUGCACUCAUGCUGGAGGAAUACCAGCAACAUGGAGGACAGAACAGCUCUGUCCAAAGACGUGUCCUCUGAACCUGCAAUACAUGGAGUGUGGGAGUCCAUGCAAGAGCACCUGCUUAGGUCAAGAUGCAAAUUCACAGUGUAAAGAACACUGUGUGGAUGGCUGUUUCUGCCCUAAUGGUACGGUUGAGGAUGACGUUGGUAAGAGUGGCUGUAUUCCUGUGAACGAGUGCCCUUGUGAGCAUGAUAACAAAGUAUAUCGACCAGGAGAGUCUUACAAAAAUGCUUGCAAAAAAUGUAACUGCACUGCUGGACGCUGGACUUGUACAUACCUGAAAUGUCCCGGAAUCUGCUCUGUCGUUGGAGGGUCUCACGUCACCACUUAUGAUGGAAAGACCUUCACCUUCAGUGGCAACUGUGACUACAUCCUCACUAAGCACUCUAAUAACAGUGGCAUUGCAGUUGUGGGAAAUUUGGCCAAGUGUGAUUGGGGCCGAUCAGACACAUGUUUAAAUUCAGUUACCCUUAUCAUUUCAGGGACCACUAUUCAUUUUUCCUACACUGGUUUUGUGACACUGAAUGGAAACAGACUAUAUCGGCUUUCUGACACCACAGGUCCCGUGAGCAUCUUCCAGCCCUCGUCCUCUUUCAUCAUUGCUGAUAUGAAGAGUCUUCGUCUGGAGAUCCAGUUGGCUCCAGUCAUGCAGUUGUAUAUUGUUGCCAGACCUGAAGAGAAAGGAAAGAUGAGCGGUCUAUGUGGAAACUAUAAUGAUGUCCAAUUAGAUGACUUCAAAAUAGAGUCGGGCAUCACAGAGGGCACACAAAUACCCUUUGUCAACUUUUGGAAAAACCAAAACAUUUGUCCAAAUCUUGAAAACACAUUUGACAACCCUUGCAGUCUGCAAUUAGAGAUAGAGAAAAUGGCUCAAAACUGGUGUUCCCGUCUUACGAACCAAACUGGAAUAUUUUCUGCAUGUCAUUCAGAAAUAUCUCCUGACAUUUACUACCAAUGGUGUGUCUAUGACACCUGCAAAUGUGCAGAUAUUAAGAGAUGUAUGUGUGCGGCCGUGUCCAACUAUGCCCACGCCUGUGCUGCCAGAGGAAUCAUUCUCCAGGGCUGGAUAGAAUUAUCCCCCUGUGAUGAGAACUCCAUAAUGACUAAGUGUGAAGGCAAUAUGAAGUAUUCCUACAACGUGACCAGCUGUGGCAGCACAUGCCGCUCUCUUAGUGGACAAGAUAGCGCCUGCCAAAGGUCCUUCACACCUGUAUUUGGGUGUGUCUGUCCUGAAGACACCUACCUCAAUGAUGAAAGGAACUGUGUGCCUGCUGAACAGUGUCCUUGUUACAGUGACAACCAGUUCAUAGAGCCGUCAGGAAAAAUCUACAAAAAUGGUGUUGAAUGCACCUGUAACCUUGGCAAAUUACACUGCUCCAGCCAAGUAGAUUGUAAGGCUCCAAAGGUCUUCUUCAACUGCUCAAAUUAUGAACAAGGUCGCAAAGGGACAGAGUGUCAGAGGACAUGCGAGAAACAAGACCCCAACAAUUGUGUGAGUACUGGGUGUGUAUCAGGGUGUGUGUGUCCAGAUCACCUUCUGGUUAAUGGGGCAGGUCAAUGUGUGGAGAGGGCAAACUGCACCUGUGUCCACAACGGAAUCUACUAUUUACCUGGAAAGCAAGUUCAAGAGGACUGUAACAUCUGCAUAUGCAAAAAUGGGAUAUGGAAAUGUACUGAAAAUGCGUGCUACGGCACCUGUACCAUCUACGGUGAAGGUCAUUUCAGGACUUUUGAUGGCAAGAGAUACUCCCUUUACAGAGAAUGCGAACACACCAUAGCCCGUGAUAACUGCAAUAUGAACCAGACUCUCUCCUUCAGCCUUGUCACACAGAACAAACUAUGUGAGACCACCAACACCAUCUGCAAGUCUAUCAGUCUCAAAUUUGGGAGAUCUGAGAUACUUUUAUCAGAGGAUGGAGUCAAAGUUGUUGAGAGCAAUAGCACUGAUCACCGAUAUAAGAUCCAUUCUGCUGGGAUAUAUAUUGUCACAGAGAUCGAAGAUCUUUUGAACUUAAUCUGGGACAAUAAAACAAGUUUGACACUCCAACUCAAUCCGAAAUUUAAGGGCAAGGUGUGUGGACUGUGUGGAAACUUUGAUGGUAAUGCAAACAAUGAAUUUAUGAAGCAUAAUGGCGAAGUGGUGACGGAUCCAAAAGAUUUUGGAAAUAGCUGGAAAGCGAAUCCCGACUGCCCAGAUUUGACAAACAUGAUAGACUUUUGUAAAGAAAAUUUACAUCGGAAUGUCUGGGCUGAAAAACGAUGCAACAUCAUAAGAAGUGAUGUCUUUAAAAAUUGCCAUGCACUUGUGGAUUCUGUUCCAUACUAUGAAGACUGUGUAAGUGACACCUGUACAUGUGACACUGGGGGUGACUGUGAUUGUUUCUGUACUGCAGUAGCAGCUUACGCUGCUGAAUGUCGUAAAAUGGGGGUUUGCGUGAAAUGGCGGAGCCCAAGCAUUUGCCCUUUAUUCUGUGACUUCUACAACCCUGAUGAAACAACAUGUGAGUGGCAUUAUAAAGCCUGUGAAUCUGCCUGCCUGAUAACCUGCGAAAACCCCUCAGGAAAUUGCUCUGAUCAAAUUCCUUUGCUUGAAGGAUGUUUUCCUAAGUGCCCUCCAGAAACUCCAUAUUUUUCGUAUGAAACCAUGAAAUGUGUUAAAAUUUGUAACUGUACCCAUAACAAUAUUCAAAUCCCUGGAUUAACUGUGGACCACUCAUAUGAGGAAGGAAAAUGCAUUGAAUGUAAAGAAAAUGGGAAAAUAAGAAUAUAUAAUUGUACUACGGUGACAACUACGACUCCUAAAUCGCCUACCACCACUACCACUGUGACACCGCCAUCUACAACUACAGAGACUUCCACUGCCAGCUCCACGACUCCUACAGUGCCUACCACCACUACCACUGUGAGACCGCCAUCUACGACAACAGAGACUUCCACUGCCAGCUCUACAACUACUACGGUGACGCCUACGACUCCUACAGUGCCUACCACCACUACCACUGUGACACCGCCAUCUACGACAACAGAGACUUCCACUGCCAGCUCUACGACUACGAUUCCUACAGUGCCUACCUCCACUACCAAUGUGACACCGCCAUCUACGACAACAGAGACUUCCACUGUCAGCUCUACAACUACGACUCCUACAGUGCCUACCACCACUACCACUGUGACACCGCCAUCUACGACAACGGAGACUUCCACUGCCAGCUCUACGACUACGACUCCUACAGUGCCUACCACCACUACCACUGUGACACCGCCAUCUACGACAACAGAGACUUCCACUGCCAGCUCUACAACUACUAAGGUGACGCCUACGACUAUUACAGUGCCUACAACUUCUACCACUGUGACACCGCCAUCUACUACAACAGAGACUUCAACUGUCAGCUCUACGAUUAGGACUCCUACACUACCUAGCACCACUACCACUGUGACACCACCAUCUACUACAACAGAGACUUCCACUGCCAGCUCUACGAUUAGGACUCCUACAGUGCCUACCAGCACUACCACUGUGACACCGCCAUCUACAACUACAGAGAAUUCCACUGCCAGCUCUACCACUACGACUCCUACAGUGCCUACCACCACUACCACUGUGACACCGCCAACUACAACUACAGAGACUUCCACUGCCAGCUCUACAACUACUACAGUGACACCUAGAACUCCUACAGUGCCUACCUCCACUUCCAUUGUGACACCGCCAUCUACGACAACAGGGACUUCCACUGCCAGCUCUACGACAAUGACUCCUACACUGCCUACCACCACUACCACUGUGAUACCGCCAUCUUCGACAACAGAGACUUCCACUGCCAGCUCUACGACUACGACUCCUACAGUGCCUACCACCACUACCACUGUGACACCGCCAUCUACAACUACAGAGACUUCCACUGCCAGCUCCACGACUCCUAUAGUGCAUACAUCCACUACCACUGUGACACCACCAUCUACGACAACAGGAACUCCUAUAGUGCCUAGCACCACUACCACUGUGACACCACCAUCUACGACAACAGAGACUUCCACUGCCAGCUCUACGACUACUACAGUGACGACCACGACUCCUACAGAGCCUAGCACCAUUACCACUGUGACACCGCCAUCUACAACAACAGAGACUUCCACUGCCAGCUCUACGACAAUGACUCCUACAGGGCCUACCACCACUACCACUGUGGCACCGCCAUCUACGACAACAGAGACUUCCACUGCCAGCUCUACAACUACUACUCCUACAGUGCCUACCACCACUACCACUGUGGCACCGCCAACUACAACUACAGAGACUUCGACUGCCAGCUCUACAACUACUACAGUGACACCUACAACUCCUACAGUGCCUACCACCAUUUCCACUGUGACACCGCCAUCUACAACAACAGAGACUUCUACAGUGCCUAGCACCACAACCACUGUGACACCACCAUCUACGACAACAGAGACUUCCACUGCCAGCUCUACGACUACUACAGUGACGACCACGACUCCUACAGAGCCUACCACCACUACCACUGUGGCACCGCCAUCUACAACAACAGAGACUUCCACUGCCAGCUCUACGACUACGACUCCUACAGUGCCUACCACCACUACCACUGUGACAACGCCAUCUACAACUACAGAGACUUCCACUGCCAGCUCCACGACUCCUAUAGUGCAUACAUCCACUACCACUGUGACACCACCAUCUACGACAACAGGAACUCCUAUAGUGCCUAGCACCACUACCACUGUGACACCACCAUCUACGACAACAGAGACUUCCACUGCCAGCUCUGCGACUACUACAGUGACGACCACGACUCCUACAGAGCCUAGCACCAUUAUCACUGUGACACCGCCAUCUACAACAACAGAGAUUUCCACUGCCAGCUCUACGACAAUGACUCCUACAGGGCCUACCACCACUACCACUGUGGCACCGCCAUCUACGACAACAGAGACUUCCACUGCCAGCUCUACGACUACUACUCCUACAGUGCCUACCACCACUACCAAUGUGACACCGCCAACUACAACUAAAGAGACUUCGACUGCCAGCUCUACAACUACUACAGUGACACCUACGACUCCUACAGUGCCUACCACCACUACCACUGUGACACCACCAUCUACGACAACAGGAACUCCUAUAGUGCCUAGCACCACUACCACUGUGACACCGCCAUCUACGACAACAGAGACUUCCACUUCCAGCUCUACGACUACUACAGUGACGACCACAACUCCUACAGUGCCUAGCACCAUUACCACUGUGACACCGCCAUCUACAACAACAGAGACUUCCACUGCCAGCUCUACGACAAUGACUCCUACAGUGCCUACCACCACUACCACUGUGACACCACCAUCUACGACAACAGAGACUUCCCCUGCCAGCUCUACGACUAUGACUCCUACAGUGCCUACCACCACUACCACUGUGACACCGCCAACUACAACUACAGAGACUUCCACUGCCAGCUCUACAACUACUACAGUGACACCUAGAACUCCUACAGUGCCUACCUCCACUUCCACUGUGACACCGCCAUCUACGACAACAGGGACUUCCACUGCCAGCUCUACGACAAUGACUCCUACACUGCCUACCACCACUACCACUGUGAUACCGCCAUCUUCGACAACAGAGACUUCCACUGCCAGCUCUACGACUGCGACUCCUAUAGUGCCUACCACCAAAACCACUGUGACACCGCCAUCUACAACUACAGAGACUUCUACUGCCAGCUCCACGACUCCUAUAGUGCAUACAUCCACUACCACUGUGACACCACCAUCUACGACAACAGGAACUCCUAUAGUGCCUAGCACCACUACCACUGUGACACCACCAUCUACGACAACAGAGACUUCCACUGCCAGCUCUACGACUACUACAGUGACGACCACGACUCCUACAGAGCCUAGCACCAUUACCACUGUGACACCGCCAUCUACAACAACAGAGACUUCCACUGCCAGCUCUACGACAAUGACUCCUACAGGGCCUACCACCACUACCACUGUGGCACCGCCAUCUACGACAACAGAGACUUCCACUGCCAGCUCUACGACUACUACUCCUACAGUGCCUACCACCACUACCACUGUGACACCGCCAACUACAACUACAGAGACUUCGACUGCCAGCUCUACAACUACUACAGUGACACCUACAACUCCUACAGUGCCUACCACCAUUUCCACUGUGACACCGCCAUCUACGACAACAGAGACUUCUACAGUGCCUAGCACCACAACCACUGUGACACCACCAUCUACGACAACAGAGACUUCCACUGCCAGCUCUACGACUACUACAGUGACGACCACGACUCCUACAGAGCCUAGCACCAUUACCACUGUGACACCGCCAUCUACAACAAUAGAGACUUCCACUGCCAGCUCUACGACAAUGACUCCUACAGGGCCUACCACCACUACCACUGUGGCACCGCCAUCUACAACAACAGAGACUUCCACUGCCAGCACUACGACUACGACUCCUACAGUGCCUACCACCACUACCACUGUGACACCGCCAUCUACAACUACAGAGACUUCCACUGCCAGCUCCACGACUCCUAUAGUGCAUACAUCCACUACCACUGUGACACCACCAUCUACGACAACAGGAACUCCUAUAGUGCCUAGCACCACUACCACUGUGACUCCACCAUCUACGACAACAGAGACUUCCACUGCCAGCUCUGCGACUACUACAGUGACGACCACGACUCCUACAGAGCCUAGCACCAUUACCACUGUGACACCGCCAUCUACAACAACAGAGACUUCCACUGCCAGCUCUACGACAAUGACUCCUACAGGGCCUACCACCACUACCACUGUGGCACCGCCAUCUACAACAACAGAGACUUCCACUGCCAGCUCUACGACUACUACUCCUACAGUGCCUACCACCACUACCACUGUGACACCGCCAACUACAACUACAGAGACUUCGACUGCCAGCUCUACAACUACUACAGUGACACCUACGACUCCUACAGUGCCUACCACCACUACCACUGUGACACCACCAUCUACGACAACAGGAACUCCUAUAGUGCCUAGCACCACUACCACUGUGACACCGCCAUCUACGACAACAGAGACUUCCACUUCCAGCUCUACGACUACUACAGUGACGACCACGACUCCUACAGUGCCUAGCACCAUUACCACUGUGACACCGCCAUCUACAACAACAGAGACUUCCACUGCCAGCUCUACGACAAUGACUCCUACAGGGCCUACCACCACUACCACUGUGACACCACCAUCUACAACUACAGAGACUUCCACUGCCAGCUCCACGACUCCUAUAGUGCAUACAUCCACUACCACUGUGACACCACCAUCUACGACAACAGGAACUCCUAUAGUGCCUAGCACCACUACCACUGUGACACCGCCAUCUACAACAACAGAGACUUCCACUGCCAGCUCUACGACAAUGACUCCUACAGGGCCUACCACCACUACCACUGUGACACCACCAUCUACAACUACAGAGACUUCCACUGCCAGCUCCACGACUCCUACAGUGCCUACCACCACUACCACUGUGACACCACCAUCUACGACAACAGGAACUCCUAUAGUGCCUAGCACCACUACCACUGUGACACCGCCAUCUACGACAACAGAGACUUCCACUGCCAGCUCUACGACUACUACAGUGACGACCACGACUCCUACAGAGCCUAGCACCAUUACCACUGUGACACCGCCAUCUACAACCACUGAGACUUCCACUGCCAGCUCUACGACAAUGACUCCUACAGGGCCUACCACCACUACCACUGAGGCACCGCCAUCUACGACAACAGAGACUUCCACUGCCAGCUCUACGACUACUACUCCUACAGUGCCUACCACCACUACCACUGUGACACCGCCAACUACAACUACAGAGGCUUCGACUGCCAGCUCUACAACUACUACAGUGACACCUACAACUCCUACAGUGCCUACCACCAUUUCCACUGUGACACCGCCAUCUACGACAACAGAGACUUCUACAGUGCCUAGCACCACUACCACUGUGACACCACCAUCUACGACAACAGAGACUUCCACUGCCAGCUCUACGACUACUACAGUGACGACCACGACUCCUACAGAGCCUAGCACCAUUACCACUGUGACACCACCAUCUACAACAACAGAGACUUCCACUGCCAGCUCUACGACAAUGACUCCUACAGGGCCUACCACCACUACCACUGUGGCACCGCCAUCUACAACAACAGAGACUUCCACUGCCAGCUCUACGACAAUGACUCCUACAGGGCCUACCACCACUACCACUGUGGCACCGCCAUCUACGACAACAGAGACUUCCACUGCCAGCUUUACGACUACUACUCCUACAGUGCCUACCACCACUACCACUGUGACACCGCCAACUACAACUACAGAGACUUCGACUGCCAGCUCUACGACUACUACAGUGACAACCACGACUCCUACAGUGCCUACCACCACUACCACUGUGACACCGCCAUCUACAACUAAAGAGACUUCCACUGCCAGCUUUACAACUCUUACAGUGCCUACCACCACUACCACUGUGACACCACCAUCUACGACAACAGAAACUCCUACAGUGCCUAGCACCACUACCACUGUGACACCGCCAUCUACAACAACAGAGACUUCCACUGCCAGCUCUACGACCAAGACUCCUACAGUGCCUACCACCACUACCACUGUGACACCGCCAUCUACGACAACAGAGACUUCUACAGUGCUUAGCACAACUACCACUGUGACACCGCCAUCUACGACAACAGAGACUUCCACUGCCAGCUCUACGACUACUACAGUGACGACCACGACUCCUACAGUGCCUAGCACCAUUACCACUGUGACACCGCCAUCUACAACAACAGAGACUUCCACUGCCAGCUCUACGACAAAGACUCCUACAGUGCCUACCACCACUACCUCUGUGACACCGCCAUCUACGACAACAGAGACUUCCACUGCCAGCUCUACGACAACGACUCCUACAGUGCCUACCACCACUACCACUUUGACACCGCCAUCUACGACAACAGAGACUUCCACUGCCAGCUCUACGACUACUAUUCCUACAGUGCCUACCACCACUACCACUGUGACACCGCCAACUACAACUACAGAGACUUCGACUGCCAGCUCUACAACUACUACAGUGACACCUACAACUCCUACAGUGCCUACCACCAUUUCCACUGUGACACCGCCAUCUACGACAACAGAGACUUCUACAGUGCCUAGCACCACUACCACUGUGACACCACCAUCUACGACAACAGAAACUUCCACUGCCAGUUCUACGACUACUACAGUGACGACCACGAGUCCUACAGUGCCUACCACCACUACUACUGUGACACCGCCAUCUACGACAACAGAGACUUCCACUGCCAGCUCUACGACUAUGACUCCUACAGUGCCUACCACCACUACCACUGUGACACCGCCAUCUACGACAAGAGAGACUCCUACUGUGCCUACCACUACUACCACUGUGACAUCACCAUCUACGACAAAAGAGACUUCCACUGCCAGCUCUACCACUACUACAGUGACGACCACGACUCCUACAGUGCCUACCACUACUACCACUGUGACACCGCCAUCUACGACAACAGAGACUUCCACUGCCAGCUCUACCACUACUUCAGUGACGACCACGAAUCCUACAGUGCCUAGCACCACUACCACUGUGACACCGCCAUCUACGACAAAAGAGACUCCUACAGUGUCUACCACUGUGACACCGCCAUCUACGACAACAGAGACUUCCACUGCCAGCUCUACGACGACCACGGUGACGCCUACGACUCCUACAGUGGCUACCAACACUACCACUGUGACACUCCCAUCUACAACAAGGUUCACUGUGCACACGGGGCCCACUCUUAGUUCAACAACACCUGGAUCCCAGGUUGAAAACACAACAACACCAUCCUUUACUACAACACCCAAAUGUUUCUGCACAUACAAUAAUGUUACUUAUGCAGCAGGGUCAACAAUAUCAGGGUCAAUGAUAGGGUCAACGAAUGAUCAGUGCUAUAUUUAUUGCAACUCCUCCUGUAAUAUUGUGGAUAUUCCAUUCAGCACGACAGAUAAAUGCACUAUCAAAACGUGCAAAGGUGGACAAGUAAUCUCAGAACCUGUAAGAUGUGACCCUAUACCUGCAAUACCUAAAUGUUUUGACAGCGCGGAUCCUGUGAAGGUGUAUUAUAACAAUGGCUGCUGCUAUAAAUAUGAGUGUCAAUGUUCGUGCAUGACCUGGGCUGACACUCAUUACAGAACUUUUGAUGGGCAUUACUAUGGUAUCCAAGGAAACUGCACUCAUGUUUUGUUCCAAGAAAUCAUCCCAAAAUACAAUAUCAGUGUCGAUGUUAAAAACUAUUAUUGUGAUCCUAUAAAACAUCUUGCUUGUCCAGAGUAUGUGAUUGUGAAAUACAAAUCCUACAAUAUCACGCUGGCAAGCGACAAAAAUAAAGUGGUCCAUGUCUAUGUUAAUGAUGAAGAGAAGAAUCCAACAUAUAUAACCGAUAACAUCAUCAUCACCACUACUGACAUACAAGUGACUCUAAACAUCUCUGAAAUCAACACUCAGAUUAUAGUUAGUGCUUCAUACAUCCAAAUCACACUCCCAUUCUCCUACUUCAAUAAUAAUACGCGGGGAUCAUGUGGAUAUUGUGGCAACCACACCAUAAAUGAAUGCAGUUUUCCUAAUGGAACAAUUAACCAAACAUGUGAGAACAUGCGGAAGUUUUCAGUGGUCCCCACAGACUGUAUAAUAACUGAACCUACUGCGACAUAUCCAACUCCAACUACACCUCCACAUAUCUGUGAAAUCUUUAAGACCAAUGUGUUUAACAGCUGCCAUGAUGCCGUUGCCUACUGGGAAUAUUACGAGACAUGUAAACAUGACGUAUUCAGCGGAAAUGUAUCUCUUGCCUGUGCUAGUAUGGAGGCCUAUGCACAUUUAUGUGGCCAGAAAUCUAUCUGUGUGGACUGGAGGAGCUCACUUGUCCUCGAAGGGCUAUGUGAAUUCAAAUGUCCAAGUCCCAAAAUCUACAAUGCAUGUGGACCUAAAGUGGAAAAAUCCUGCAGUACAUCAUACAAUGAUAGGUAUACAGAGAAAGAAUGUCACAGCAGGGAUUGUAACCAAACGGUAGUGGAAGGUUGUUACUGUCCUGAUGGCCAAUAUCGGGUUAAUAUGACAUCAGAUAAGUGUACAACUUACUGCGAUUGCAUUGGCCCUGAUGGAUUACCUAGAAAGCCUGGGGACACGUGGACAUCUGAGUGUUUCUUGUAUAAAUGUGUAAAUCCUGGCAUUACUUCGAAAGAGCCAUUAAAGUGUCCAACUGAAAUGCCCUGUCCUGACGGAUAUAUAAAAACUGUUGUAAACUGCUGUCCAACUUGUGUUUGCAAUCUGGAACAAUGUCUUAUGAAGAAAUGUGAUGUGGGAUUUCAGUUAGGAUUAAAUAAAACUGCCAGUUCCUGUUCCUGCAUGCCUAAAGAUGUCUGUGUGUACAAUAACACAGAGUUCAAGGUUGGAGAAGUCCGCCAUUACACAUGUGAAACUAUUACUUGCCGUCAAAUUAACGGCUCCUUCGUGACUGAGAAGAGCUCUAAGAAGUGCACUUUCUUGGGGCAGUUUGACUGUAAACUUGGCUCUGAAUAUGUGAAACAAGAAGAAGAGUGCUGUGGAAGAUGUGUACCAAAGAACUGUACUUACACAGCAGACAACACCACAUAUAUGAUAAGGGUUGGAGAAGUCCGCAUGCACAAAUGUGAAAGUGUUACCUGUCGUGAAAUUGAUGGCUUGCCUGUGACUGAGAAGAGCACUGAGAAGUGCACUUACACCAGUUCACGUGACUGUAAACCUGGCUCUGAAUACGUGAAACAAGAAGAAGAGUGCUGUGGAAGAUGUGUACCAAAGAACUGUUCUUACACAGAAGACAAAACCACAUAUAUAAUUCCGGUUGGAGAAGUCCGCAUGCACAAAUGUGAAAAUGUUACCUGUCAUGAAAUUGAUGGCUCGCCUGUGAUUGAGAAGAGCACUGAGAAGUGCACUUACACCAGUUCACGUGACUGUAAACCUGGCUCUGAAUAUGUGAAACAAGAAGAAAAGUGCUGUGGAAGAUGUGUACCAAAGAAUUGUACUUACACAGCAGACAACACCACAUAUAUAAUUCGGGUUGGUGAAAAACUCAUUCAAAAAUGUGAAAGUGUUAACUGUCGUGAAAUUGAUGGCUUGCCUGUGAUUGAGAAGAGCACUGAGAAGUGCACUUACACCAGUUCACGUGACUGUAAACCUGGCUCUGAAUAUGUGAAACAAGAAGAAGAGUGCUGUGGAAGAUGUGUACCAAAGAACUGUACUUACACAGCAGACAACACCACAUAUACGAUGAGGGUUGGAGAUGUACGCAUUCAAAAAUGUGGAAGUGUUACCUGUGGUGAAAUUGAUGGCUCGCCUGUGAUUGAGAAGAGCACCGAGAUGUGCACUUACACCAGUUCACGCGACUGUAAACCUGGCUCUGAAUAUGUGAAACAAGAAGAAGAGUGCUGUGGAAGAUGUGUACCAAAGAACUGUACUUACACAGCAGACAACACCACAUAUAUAAUUCGGGUUGGAGAAGUCCGCAUGCACAAAUGUGAAAGUGUUACCUGUCAUGAAAUUGAUGGCUCGCCUGUGAUUGAGAAGAGCACUGAGAAGUGCACUUACACCAGUUCACGUGACUGUAAACCUGGCUCUGAAUAUGUGAAACAAGAAGGAGAGUGCUGUGGAAGAUGUGUACCAAAGAACUGUACUUACACAGAAGACAAAACCACAUAUAUAAUUCGGGUUGGAGAAUUCCGCAUGCACAAAUGUGAAAAUGUUACCUGUCAUGAAAUUGAUGGCUCGCCUGUGAUUGAGAAGAGCACUGAGAAGUGCACUUACACCAGUUCACGUGACUGUAAACCUUGCUUUGAAUAUGUGAAAGAAGAAAAAGAGUGCUGUGGAACAUGUAAACAAUAUUGCUGUAUUUACGAUGCACCAGACAAGACCACACCUAAACUCAAGGUUCAAGAGGAAUACAAGUUUAAAUGUACGACCGGUACCUGCAAAGAAGUUAAUGGCUCCCUUGCGAUUGUGGAGAGCAUUAAAACAUGCCCUUACAUUGAUCCAAAUGAAUGUGUGCCUGGAACAAUAAAAGAUGACACAGAUGGAUGUUGCCAGAUCUGUGAACACCGCAGCUGUGCUUCCGAGAAGAACAUCACCCGACUGGAUGUCAAAAAUUGUAAUUUCAUCAAAGAUGAUGAAGUUAAAUCCUGCACUGGCGACUGUACAUGUGUGAAUCGAUGUAUUCGAUGCACAUGAACGAUUUGAUGCACAGCGGUUCCUGCUGCCAGGAGGAGAAUUUCACCCUUCGACCGGAUAAGAUUAGAUCCUAAUUGACUGCUGAUUUGAACAUGACUCAAUAAUCUGACAUAUUACAAUUUCAAAAUAUAUAUCCAAUAAUGGAAAUGAUUUAAUAUGAUUGUUACAGUGCAUUAAUGGCUAUAGUUUCAUUUGGCUAAUAUUGCACCAUUAAUGUUUUUCUGUGUGGUUUGUUCUAAGGUAAGGUUAACUCUAGUCUGUUAUCUCACAGAAGGGAUCCUGGGUGUUUUUUCUUUUAUUUGUUACACUCUCUGGUAAUGCAUGAGAUAAUGAUGUACUUUUCUUUCCAAUGAACUGAAUUAAAAUCACAAUAAAGCAUAAUAAAGAGCAUC